UGACUGCGCGCGGCGUGUGACGUCGACCUACUGGACUCGUGAGUUCCACAUGGGCCCUCAGUCAUAGUCACGUUUUGUCGCGUGCUCUGCUAGGGUUGUAGUAGGCACUGCCAGUUCAUGUAAUCGCUAUCGUUGGUGUUCUGGCACGCAAAAUCAUUGCGUAACAUUUCGAAGCACUUUACUUAUCGUUGCUAGCCCACUGUUACUGUGAGUUUCGCUCCUGACGACCAGAAAGCGGAGCGCUUGGGGCCGACAUUAGGCCUACGAGCAUUAGAUACAGUCGGUGCGAACCGGUUACAUUGAAGUAUUUAUAUUUUAAUUUAAUUUAAGCAUGGCUUCUACUGGAUAUAACUUAGAGGAGUCCAACGCCGAUAGGAAUGUGGAAAUCUGGAAGAUCAAGAAACUAAUCAAGAGCUUGGAGGCCGCACGGGGCAAUGGCACGAGUAUGAUCUCAUUGAUCAUCCCACCGAAGGACCAGAUCUCCCGAGUGUCUAAAAUGUUGGCCGACGAGUUCGGAACGGCUUCCAACAUCAAGAGCCGGGUGAACCGGCUGUCAGUUCUUGGGGCUAUCACGUCUGUGCAGCACCGGCUCAAGCUCUACACGAAAGUGCCACCGAAUGGAUUAGUCAUCUACUGUGGUACGAUCGUAACCGAGGAAGGCAAAGAGAAAAAGGUGAACAUCGACUUCGAGCCGUUCAAGCCAAUUAACACGUCACUGUACCUGUGCGACAAUAAGUUCCACACAGAGGCCCUGUCCGCGUUGCUUGCCGAUGACAACAAAUUCGGCUUCAUUGUGAUGGACGGCAACGGAGCACUCUUUGGCACCCUUCAAGGCAACACACGCGAAGUGCUUCACAAGUUCACGGUAGAUUUACCGAAGAAGCACGGACGUGGAGGUCAGUCUGCAUUGCGAUUUGCUCGGCUACGUAUGGAGAAGAGGCACAAUUAUGUGCGCAAGGUAGCCGAAGUGGCCACCACACUUUACAUAAGCAAUGAUAGGCCAAACAUUGCGGGCCUCAUUUUGGCAGGUUCUGCCGACUUUAAGACCGAGCUGAGCCAGUCAGAUAUGUUUGACCCAAGGCUGCAGGUUAAGGUGCUCAAGCUGGUUGAUGUAUCUUAUGGUGGUGAAAAUGGCUUCAACCAGGCCAUAGAACUGUCUGCAGAGGUGCUGUCCAAUGUGAAGUUCAUUCAGGAGAAGAAACUUAUUGGCCGCUACUUCGAUGAAAUUUCUCAGGACACUGGCAAAUAUUGCUUUGGUGUAGAAGACACACUGAAAGCUCUUGAGAUGGGUUCUGUUGAAAUCCUGAUUGCGUGGGAAAAUCUUGACAUUGUACGCUAUGUGCUUAAGAACCACACAAGUGAUGAAGAGAAGAUACUGCACCUUACCCCUGAGCAAGAGAAAGACAAAAGCCACUUUCUGGAUCGAGAGACAGGUGUUGAACUGGAGCUGGUGGAGUCAAUGGCACUGCUAGAAUGGCUGGCGAAUAACUACAAGAAUUUUGGUGCCACGCUAGAGAUCAUCACAGAUAAGUCUCAGGAGGGCUCGCAGUUUGUCAAGGGUUUUGGUGGCAUAGGAGGCAUCCUGCGCUACCGUGUGGACUUCCAGUCUCUCGAGGUGAAUGACCUUGUGGAUGACUUUGAUUUAGAUGACCUGUAAACGUCCAGUUAGCUCCUUCGGCACUUUGAUUAGUGGCUGCUGUGCACACGGAGCUGUCGACUAUUAUAACGCACACCUGGCCAACCCGCCUGGCCUUCCACCUGACCUGGGUGUGCUGUACAGUGUUCUACAAGGGUGAGCAGCAUUAAAGAAGUUGGGGACGACUUCUACCUCUUGCUGCCUUGCCCCCUCCCCACUUUCUUCAGGCCAGACAGCAUGUGUGCCCUGCGCCCUUCGUUUGAAGACUGCUUGUGAUGGGGAGGGAAUUCCUAGUGAAUUGCUAUCGAAGCAGUGCUGCUGCUGCUGCUGCCUUUCCUGCACAAGUUGACCUAUUUGUCACUUGGAAGUGUAGUUGUGGGUAUGGGAUGAACAAGUUGUGUGCCUUUUGGCAGUGAGGCAAGCGGUAAACUAAGAUGCCCAUGCCAGGAACUGUAUGAAAUUACAGUAGAAUUUGUAUUUUUACAAAUGGUCUGAAUGAAUGCGAAUGAAGUUUUUUUAUUUAAACGAUGGUGUAUGGCUGUGUGUGUACAAUGGUUCUAAAUUCCUCCAGGCUUGUGGCUGUGGUUAUCGCAAUCAUAUUCUUAGUAGGCACUCAUUUUAUUGACAAUACCAUUGUUAGCAAGAAGGUAUUUCCAAGUGGACAGGGUACGCACAUACAUUGUAUGAUCCUUGGAGCUAUGCAAGAUUCUUAGGCUGCAGUUUCUCUCUCUGGCAGCCUAAUUCAGUGCAGUGCUUGUUAAAUCUUUUUGCCCUGCUUUUUUUCAUUUUUUUGCCUCGGAGGUGGUGUUGGUUUUGCAGAUGAUCGUCUGAAAUGUUGUGUGUGCAUGUGGCAUAGGAUAUGAAUACCCCGGACCUGGCUGUGCUCGUACAGUUAUUUGUUCUGUGCAUGGUGCUGAAGAAACUGGGACUGUAAAGAAAUGAAGAAUGUAUUGACUACAAAUGGCAUCAGAGGUGCAUGUAGAUUGAAUGCCUGCAGAUGAUGACACUCAGUGACGCAUCAGUGGCGUUUACAGGCAACAUAUUGUUGCAGGAAAAUUUUGUUCAAUUAAAGUUGGGGAGAACAAGUACCAAGUCUCUCUCUCUUUCUUAAACACUAUUAUCUGCAUGCUUUUUGAUGAUUGGCCUCUUUAGCUGAAGGAAGUGUAGGAGAAUUGGUACAUUUUGCCACUCCUAGUCCACAAUGUUCUGAACAACUUGCUAUGAAGGCAGGCAGAAUAAAUUUUCUACACCUUCUGCAUGCCUUCAGUGCAGGUGCAGUAAAUGGCUAUUGUACACAUGGCUGGCCGAAAAAUUUUGGCAAUGCUUUAGAAGUGUAUUUUCAAGCAAGCAGGAAGAAAAUACCUGCUGUACAUUUCUCAUGGUAGAGCUUCAUUUAUUUCCUGGAUGUUUUGAGCGAGGUAGCAGUGUAAGGAACGCUCGUUCAUUGCAGCAAAUAAUUUUUAUUCUUGGUGCAGUGCCCAACUUGUUUUUAAUGAAUAACCUGCAUACUUCAUGGUGCCUCUGUUGAACUGUUAUCUUGUUAUGAUGUGCCCUUAACGCAUUAGCGCCAAGUGUACUUUUGAAAGUACAUCAUUUUCAUUUGUAGAUAAUUAAAGAAGAAACAUUGUUUUAGUUAGUAUGCCAUUUUACAAAGGGUCAUGCCAAAAUGACCACAUUGUUUUUUCUCAGCUGUAUAAUUUCUCUGAUCUUAUAAUCGCCAAAAUGAGAGAAGUGCUGAACUUGGCAAGUAAUGCCGUGCAUGCAGCUCAUUUUUAUCAUGCUUAGUACUUGCUUUUGAAGCCGAUUUUUGUGUGAAAGUCUUGGAAAAGAAUGUUGUAAAAUGACGAAUGCAUGAGAUUGCAUAUACAAAGCAUCUUUAUAGCUUCACAAGAAAAUGCAAGUGUACUUUAUAAUAAAGUAUGCUGGGCCUAUGA